CACCAAUUUUUGACCUCUCUUUUUCUCUUGGAUUUCUUAACAUUCCAAACCAAAGACAACCAAAAGUAUUAUUCCCAUCUAUUUUUCCCUCUUAAUUUACUGAUAUAUUUUGAUAUUGUUCAUCUCCCAUAACCAUAAAUAACACGUACACAUCUUUGCCCGGACAGAUCGAAAAGAAAAUGGGGUCGUAUGCAGACGAUGAUUACGAUUAUUUGUAUAAGGUGGUUUUAAUCGGCGAUUCAGGGGUGGGUAAAUCUAACCUUUUGUCGCGAUUUUCCAAGAACGAAUUCAGCCUUGAUUCUAAAUCCACGAUUGGUGUCGAAUUUGCUACCCGUAGCAUUCGUGUUGAAGAUAAGAUCAUCAAGGGACAGAUCUGGGACACUGCUGGACAAGAAAGGUACCGGGCCAUCACAAGUGCAUACUACCGAGGAACAGUGGGUGCUCUAAUUGUAUAUGACAUGACCCGAAAAGUAACAUUUGAAAACGUGGAGCGAUGGCUAAGCGAGCUUAGAGAUCACACGGACCAACACAUUGUGGUCAUGCUGGUAGGAAACAAGGCUGAUCUUGGUCACUUACGAGCCGUGUCUACCGAUGAGGCCAAGGCUUUUUCUGAAAGAGAGGACAUUUUCUUCAUGGAAACGUCGGCUCUUGAGGCCCUGAAUGUUGAGAAAGCUUUCACGGAAGUACUUACUCAGAUUUAUCAUGUUUUGAGCCGAAAAUCCCUUGGCAUGGGUAAUGACCCGGCCCAUCUACCCAAGGGACAAACUAUCAAUAUUGGAGGCAAGGACGAUGUAUCGGCUGUGAAGAAAGCAGGGUGUUGUAGUAAUUGAGAUAGUUUGAAAUUAAGAAUAAUCUUAAUUUGUUCCUACUUAUUUAUGAUUUCGACAUGCUUUUGGGUACAUUGUAUGAUCGAUACUAGAAAACAUGUCGCUUUUGAGGCAUAAGAUGUUACAAUGUUGGUGUAUUCAAACAACGAAUAUUUGGUUAGCGUUAAUUACUAGUUUUG